AUGGAGUAUUGUAUAUACUUCUUUUUAAUCCUUCUUCCUUUCCUCGCUGUCUUCUCUUUUUUCCUGCCAGAUGCAGCCGUUGUUAAAGAACACGACUUUGUCUUUUUUCUUCUUUUAACUCGAAAUAAGCCAGCCAACAGGGCCAGUGAAAGACUUACAAAAAGGCAUCUAAAAAGGCGUCUCUCCCUCUCAAAUUCUUUCGUUCCUUUCUCCCUUUCCCUCUACCUGCCUUGCUUCCAUUUCUUUCUUUCCCAUUCUGUUCAUAUCUAUCUAUCUAUCUAUCUAUCUAUCUAUCUAUCUAUCUAUCUCUACCCCAGUCUACUAGUAUCUGUCUAUCUCAAUCCCUCUAAUAUCUAUCUAUCUAUCUAUCUAUCUAUCUAUCUAUCUAUCUAUCUAUCUAUUAAAUUAUUAGAUUUCGACAGACAAAAAGGCAUCUCAUACACUCUCACUACUUCCUGCCUUCCUUCUUUCCUUUCUUCCUUCCUUUUAUCUAUCUAUCUAUCUAUCUAUCUAUCUAUCUAUCUAUCUAUCUAUCUAAUGGAUUAUAAUAUCUAUCUAUCUAUCUAUCUAUCUAUCUAUCUAUCUAUCUAUCAUCUUUAUUCAUAUCUAUCUAUCUAUCUAUCUAUCUAUCUAUCUAUCUAUCUAUCCAAGCCAGUUCAUUAUCUAUCUAUCUAUCUAUCUAUCUAUCUAUCUAUCUAUCUAUCUAUCUAUCUAUCUAUCCAAGCCACUAGCUAUCUCACCCUGUUCAUAUCUAUCUAUCUAUCUAUCUAUCUAAUUCUAAGUCUGUCCAUAUCUAUCUAUCUAUCUAUCUAUCUAUCUAUCUAUCUAUCUAAUUCUAACUAUCUCACCCUGUUCAUAUCUAUCUAUCUAUCUAUCUAUCUAUCUAUCUAUCUAUCUAUCUAUCUAUCUAAUUGUUCUUGA